AUGAAGGAGAUGGAGAUGAGGUCUUUUGGAGAUGUAUCCCCUGUGGUGCUGGGGCUCAUCGGGGCCACCGUGCUGGUGGUGUCUGUGUCUGUGACAGUCUUUGUCUGGACCUGCUGCCACCAACAGGCUGAGAAGAAGCACAAGACACCCCCUUACAAGUUUAUCCACAUGCUCAAGGGCAUCAGCAUCUACCCUGAGACUCUGAGCAACAAGAAGAAAAUCAUCCGUGUGAGGAGAGACAAAGGUGGCCCAGGGCGGGAUGGUGGACGGGGGAAUCUAUUGGUAGAUGCAGCUGAAUCAGGUCUUCUAAAUCAAGAGAAGAGUCCUGGAGGGCUGAACACUAGCCCUUGUAUAGACCAGCUCCCCAUCAAGGUGGACUAUGGGGAUGAACUGAGCCCAGUUCAGAGCCUGACCCCUGGGGGAAGCAAAACAGCUUCCCCAUCUUCCCCAGAAGAAGAUGUUAUGUUGGGGUCCCUUACCUUCUCAGUGGACUAUAAUUUUCCAAAAAAAGCCUUGGUAGUGACAAUCCAAGAAGCCCAUGGGCUGCCAGUGAUGGAUGACCAGACCCAGGGCUCCGAUCCCUACAUUAAAAUGACCAUCCUCCCAGACAAACGGCACCGUGUGAAGACAAGAGUGCUACGCAAGACCCUGGACCCUGUGUUCGAUGAGACCUUUACUUUCUAUGGCAUCCCCUACAGCCAGCUGCAGGAUCUUGUGCUACACUUUCUGGUCCUCAGCUUUGACCGCUUCUCCCGGGAUGAUGUCAUUGGUGAGGUCAUGGUACCACUGGCUGGGGUGGAUCCUAGCACUGGCAAGGUUCAGCUGACCCGGGACAUCAUCAAGAGAAAUAUCCAGAAGUGUAUUAGCAGAGGGGAACUUCAAGUCUCCCUGUCCUACCAGCCGGUGGCACAGAGAAUGACAGUGGUGGUGCUUAAAGCAAGACACUUGCCAAAGAUGGAUAUCACCGGUCUCUCAGGUAAUCCCUACGUCAAGAUGAACCUCUAUUAUGGCAGGAAACGCAUUGCCAAGAAGAAAACCCACGUGAAGAAGUGCACUUUGAAUCCUGUCUUCAAUGAGUCCUUCAUCUAUGAUAUUCCCACUGACCUGCUGCCUGACAUCAGUAUUGAGUUCCUGGUUAUCGACUUCGACCGCACCACCAAGAACGAGGUGGUAGGGAGGCUGAUCUUGGGGGCCCACAGUGUCACAGCUGGUGGUGCAGAACACUGGCGAGAGGUCUGUGAGAGCCCCCGAAAGCCAAUAGCCAAGUGGCACAGUCUGAGCGAGUACUAAUCCUGACCCCUCCCCCCCAAAACCCAGUUGGGGGGAGGUGGGCUAGGGAGAGGAUUGGGGGGAAGGGUGAUGAUGGAGAGAGGCGGACUCAAAACCUCAUUUUAGUCAUAGAAGAAACUUUCGUACAAAACACAAACCACAAAGGACACCUCAUAUAAUCCCAGCAACAGAUUGGUUCUUUGGUUCCCAGCAAUGAUGAUUUUUUUUCCCUUUUACAAGGCACUAGAAAUUUAAAAAAAAAAAGAAUUUAAAAAAAAGGAAAAAGGAAAAAAAAUGAGGAAAAAAGAGGGAAAGACCCCAUACAAGUCUAUAUAUAACAAUGUAACCACAUAAUUGCAUGUCUAAUACAAACUGAAGCGAUUAGUGUAACUUCUAAUAUCGAGUUACAGAUUUUAAUCCACGAAAAAGUCUUGUUCCGUGCUGAAUUGUGUUUGCUGAGGUUCGUGUGAAACUAGCCUCUCUUUACCAGGCUUCUCUGGAGGGUGUUGUGGUUUGUUUGGUUGGUUUUUUAAUUCUGAAUUUUGCCGUUGAACAUCUCAUCUCCUCAUCCACCAUCUUGGUCUCGGCCUCCUUUCUGGCCUCUUCCCAGGGAAUGGGAGAGAUCCCUGGCUGCUGCCUAACCAAGAGUUAAGCCAAAAGCUAAAAAGUCUGCUCUCAGCCAAGAAACGAACCGGGCUGGGCAGUAGAAAGGAUUCUAUUUUGUUUAGUUUUGUUUACCAGUAGAAAAGUCUAGCGAAAUGAGCUGUGGGAAUGGCUGAUAGAUACUGGCCCUUUGGUUACACAUAGGCAGCAAAACACUUGGACUUGACCUGGUGGUACUUGGGUUUCUGGCAGUCAGACUUCCCCAUAAGGACCAUGGAGAUGUCAAUUUGGAGGAUCUCUUACAGCAAAAAAAGUGAGGGAGAGGGGAAGGAAGGGGGGAAAAGGGCCAGGAUCCAAAGAGAAUGCCCUUGUCUUGAAAUCUGUGUAAUGGUCCCCAAAAACCAUAUUCAGCUUCUUUCAGAGAAAGGAGGCAAGAAAGACAUCCACCUACCCAUUUUGCUGCCAUAUACAGAAGUCAUCCA